AUGAAGCUCCUCCUAACACCAUUCUGGUUCUUCUCGUGCAACCUUCUCUACGUUGAAGCAGAGGUGGGCCAAAAUGGCAAUGUCCAAUUCGAGGCCAUUUCUAUACCGGAGGCUUGGGGUAUCCUGGACUCUACUCCCAAGAGAACACUUGUGACCAUCGCAGUUAUUGACGACGGAAUCGAGGCCACUCACCCUGACUUGAAGGGUACUGUCAUCCAGGGCUACAACGUCGUUGAUAAGAAUGAUGAUACCAGUCCUCGAGGAUACCAUGGAACCCAGAUGGCUGGCAUCGUUGGUGCUAUCAGGAAUAACAAGAUCGGUAUGGCGGGUAUUCUGGACACUGCCCAUAUUCGACGGUGA